UUUUGGAAAAUAUAUAAAAAAAUAUAAAUUAACAAAAUAUUUUGAAAAAAUGUGUCUAAGAGGCGCAAAUUCAUCAGAAACUCAAAUGUCAAAUCUUCCAUGUCUUUUUAAGAAUUCUCUUGUUAUUGAUAUGAAUGAGAAAGAAAAUUCUUUAUCUCAAAAAUCUGGAAAUUCAAGCCAAUCAGAUGUACUUGAAAGUUGGGAACAAUUAUUAGACAAACAAAAUGAAGCCUCUGAACCCUCUUUAGAAGAUAAAUCAUCGUCAGAGGAAGUCUUGGAAAAAGGAAUUUCAGGAACUCUACAUUCUUUAAACUCAGAAAAUCAACCUACAGUUAUAGCAAAUAUACUUGAAAUAUCAAAUAUGCCACCAAACAUUUAUUCCGAGGAUAUUUAUAAAGCUUUUGAUAUUAGUCAGGAUGAAAUGACGAUAAAAUGGGUUAAUCGUACGAAAGCACGGCUUUAUUUUCCAACAGAAGAAACUGCAAUCAAAACAUAUUUCAAAUAUCUUUCUUCUUCAUCAUCUAUUGGAACAGUAUCGCCUUUACCUCCUGAUUAUCAUUCGAUUCAUUCAUCUACAUCAUCUGCUUUUACUUCUCGUGCUAAAACACCGCUUACAACGUUUCAUAAAAAUACAUUUUUUACAACAUUGGAACCUUCUAAAUAUUUUUUUGAUAAAAGACCAAUUAAAACAUCUACUGUUGCAAAACGUUUAAUCACUGGAGUUCUUGGUGUACGUUCUUCACGUACACCAAAAGAAAAAGCCUAUGAUGAAAUGAUGAUUCGUCAAUUUCUUGAUACACUCAAGGAAAAUGAAGCAUUUGAACAUCGUAAAAAAGAAAUAUGGGAAAAAAGUUUUUAAUAGAUUUAAAUAAAUAUUCGA